GCCGUCAACACUCGACGCACAGCGAUCCAACGCUGAGAAGAAGAAGACCUUGAUUUGCCAUUUGGCCCUCCGCAAUCUCAUCCACGACCAGACCUUGCCACCAUGAGAUCCCUCGAACAGCCCAUCCGCCCUUUCCCCGUCUUGGACGACACCAGGCCCGACGAUAUGUCCCUCCCGGCCUUCAUGGUAUCCACCACACGCGGUUUCCUCCCCCGCAUGGACCCCAUCGUGGCCCUCCCGCCCGAGUUCGAGGCGCUCGAGUCCAUCCUGCAGCGCAUGCCAGUCAAGACUCUGGUGGGCGAACCUGGCCUUCUCGCCGUCGGCAAGUUGGGCGAGACGGUCACCACCGAGCUACCCGACCUGACCGAUGCCGUCGACAAGUACAGGGCCAACCUGCCGCUGAUGAACGCCCUCUACCGGGACUACUCGUUUCUUGCGUCAGCCUACCUGCUGGAGCCGUGCCAUGAGCGGUUUGUCAGGGGGGAGGGCUAUGGCCUGGCCAGGGACGUGCUGCCGGCCAACAUUGCCCGGCCUAUUGCCAAGUGUGCUGAUCUCUGCGGUUUUAAACCCUUCAUGGAGUACGCCGGCUCAUACGCCCUCUUCAACUACCGUCUCGUCGACCCGUCCGCCGGCCUCGCCUCGUCCAACCUGCGCCUGAUCCGCGCCUUUGAGCACGGCCUGGACCCCACCUCGUCCGAGGCAGGCUUCGUGCUCGUCCACAUCGAGAUGGUCAAGCACUCGGGUCCGCUCGUCGCUGGCGCCGUGGCUUGCAUCGAAGCCUGCGCCUCGAGCCUGACACCGUCCGCCUUGCCAGAGUCUCCCCCGCCGCGUCAGGCCCUCAAUGCCGCCCUGUCCACCGUCCUCUCCUCCCUUCAAAAGAUCAACGCUACCAUGGAAACCAUGUGGUCCCGCUCCCGCCCGACCGAGUACACCUCCUUCCGAACCUUUAUCUUUGGUAUUACCUCGCAAAGCAUGUUCCCCAACGGCGUCCUCUACGAAGGCGUACCGAACCUCUCCCCCAACAAUCGCGCCUCCUUCCGCGGCGAGUCCGGCGCCAACGACUCGAUGAUCCCGCUCGUCGACAACCUCCUGUCCAUCCCCAUGCCGACCACGCCCCUAACCGAGAUUCUCCAAGACUUCCGCAGCUACCGGCCGGGGGAGCAUCGGCGGUUCCUGGAGUGGGUCAAGAGCGCGGGCGUGAGCGCGGGGCUGAAGGACUGGGCUCUGGCCUUGGCUCAUGAUCCUCCUAGUUUUACUCCCGUUGACGGUACUGAGAAGAACGAUGAGGAGGAUGAACAAGCCAAAACAGAGACGAGGGCGCUCUGGAUCAAGGUGCUGGACCAGGUGCGGGAUUUCCGCUGGCGGCACUGGUGCUUUGCGCGCGAGUACAUUCUCAAGCGGACGAGCCAUCCCACGGCGACGGGCGGCAGUCCGAUCGUGACGUGGCUGCCGAACCAGCUGGCGGCCGUCAUGGACGAGAUGGUGCGGGUGUAUGAGGCUGUCGGCGGCGGGCUGGGGCAGGAGGUGGAGGGGAUCAUGGACCUGGUGGGCAGGCAGAGGGACAUGCUGCGCAAGGAGGUGCGUAAGUUCUGCGAGGAGCGCGGGGUGACGGGCGAUGGGGUGUAGAUUAUUAGGGUACUGUCUCUCCGGGGAGGUUGUCCAUGGGCUAUCCCGCGCUGGUAUUUCGAAU